UAGAGUAGAAAAAAGAAUGGGGAACGAUUUCGUUUCUUGCAGCCUUGUCCUCGUGCUUUUGAUCAAGCUUGCUCCGGGAAAUGUAGCAGGGAGUCAUGGCAAUGUCCUGCGACUCCCCACCAUGGAUGGACAAAGAGAAGAUGCCAGCGAACCCGCACCGUCAAACUCCGGCAUGAGUAUGGGAAUGGGCAUGGGGAUGAUGGGGAUGGGCAUGGGCAUGAGUAGGGAGGAUGUGGGGAAGGACCCUGGCUUUAAGGCCUUCUUCUUGAUGAAAGAUGUUCAAGUUGGGAGAACGAUCCCAGUCCAUUUUCCCCACUUAAAAGAAGCAGACCCUUCCCGCACAUUGCCCAGAAAAACUCCCACUUCCCUUCCAUUCUCAUUGAGGGCACUUCCUUUCCUCCUCCGGUUCUUCUCCAUCCCCCCCGGUUCCCCACAAGCCUUAGGAAUGGAGAAAACACUCACCGGCUGCGAGACCGAACGACCGGGAGAGUACAAAUCAUGUAUCACUUCCGUUGAUUCCCUCGUAGACUUCGUCGCCGACUAUUUCGGACCAGACGUCCGGUUUGAAAUCCUCAGAACAUCAGCAGGUCCAACUUCAAGGCCACUCAUCCAAAACUACACGGUUGUUGAACUGAAAGAGAAAACGUCAGCAAAAUCACUGCCGUGCCAUAAUUUGCCGUAUCCUUAUCCGGUGUUCUACUGCCAUAUACUGAUAGACACUACGAACAGGAUGUUCAAGGUGAGGCUGAGAGGAGAAAAUGGGGAUUUGGUGGAUGCGGUUUUGGUUUGCCACAUGGAUACCACUAAAUGGAAUCGUAAUUAUUUCGCGUUUCGUCAACUUGGGGUUGAGCGAGGAACCACCGAAGCUUGCCACUUCUUCCCUGCGUACGAUCUGGCUGUUGUACUCGUUCCCUAAUAAAAUUAUGUGAGAUGCAAAU